CAGAAGUCAGUUGGAGUAUACUACCUGUUGGACAAACAAUACCAACGCAAUACAGGUCGAGCCAAAAUGUCGGUGUAUCUACCUGUUACGAUCUCCUUUGUGUUGGUACCUUUCGAUAGAUUGCACCUGUUGCUUAAUGCUUCAUGAAAGGGUACUACUGAACGUUUAGUACCUUUUCUUGGGAAACCAACAUGAUUUCCAGUGAUUAUGUGUUGGAACUUUGCAAUGUGUUUUACUCAGGCCAGGUUGAACCAGGGUCCUGUGUACAGAGAGUUAUAGGAAACAUAAAAACAGGCGUUAUACUCAAAGAUGUCUCAAUGGUCGUGCAUUCUGGAGAGGUUCUAGCGGUACUAGGAUCGAAAGGGAGUGGUAAGAAAGCUCUUUUAGAUGUGAUAUCACGGAGGGCUCAAGGCCCUGUAAGGGGUCAAAUUCUUCUCAACAAUCAUCCUAUGAGCAUGUGUCUUUUUCAACAAAGGUGUGCUUAUGUUACACACAAAUGUGAUCUUCUGCCUGGUCUAACAGUGGAACAAACUUUGUAUUAUACACCGACAAAGGUUUCUGGAUAUACAAAGAGAUCGAAAGUGAAGCAAGUGAUGGCAGAUUUGGCAUUGUCGCAAGUAUCCAAUAGAUGCACGGAAGACUUGACUCAUAGCGAAUAUAGAAGACUGAUGAUUGGUGUACAACUGAUAAAAGAUCCAGUUGUACUGCUGUUGGACGAACCAACAUGGGAUCUGGACCCAUUGAACACUUAUCUGGUUGUAUCCAUCUUGUCCAACGCUGCUAAAAAGUAUGGUACAGCCGUUGUUUUGACCAUGGAGAAGCCCAGAUCUGACGUGUUUCCUUUUUUGGAGAGAGUGCUUUACUUGUGCCUCGGGGACGUGGUUUAUACAGGGGGCACCAGACAGAUGCUAGAAUAUUUCAAUGCCAUCGGGUUUCCUUGUCCACAAUUGGAGAAUCCGCUAAUGUACUAUCUUUGCCUUUCGACCGUGGAUAGAAGAUCUAGAGAAAGAUUUAUGGAAAGCAACCACCAAAUAGCAGCCUUAGUAGACAAAUUCAAAAUAGAAGGCGGUGUUUUCAGGAAAGGAUCUACAAUCACAGGCCUCAGUCACAAUAUUGAACAUGGAAUGCAUACCAAUAAAAUACCUUUGUUGAUUGGUAAACCUGGGUUGUUUUCCACUGGGUGGAACAUCUACAUGAGGUUGUUGAUUGCUACUCUGAGUUUCAAACGAGCAGGAUUCCGGCAAAUAUUCCUGCGUCUAUUCCUGCUACCUGUGUUUUUCUUCAUGCUGUGGAUUUUCUAUAGGGAAAUGAAGGAUUUGCAACAUACUUUCAUCAGCAGGAGCGGGCUGAUUCUCAAUUGUCUGGCUGGGGUGUAUUUCGUUGGUAUCAUCAACACCAUUUUAAUGUAUCCUACUUAUAGAACCAGGUAUUUUCAAGAAUCUCAAGAAGGUCUAUAUGGAGGAACACUCUUUUUACUGACUUACAAUCUGGUGUCCAUCCCAUUUUCGUUUCUGACAACUUUAGCAGCAAGCGCAAUAGUAUAUUCAUUGGUUGGAAGUUUUGAUUCGUCUAUGGAGUAUUUUUACUUCAGUCUCGUUCUAUGGGCCUGCUACAUAUUCACAGAACAACAAACCAUGGCGAUUCUCAUGAUUGUGAAGGACAAUUUCACAGCAGCUAUUGCCAGUAUUUAUAUUACAGCGGUUUGCAUCACAUUGAGCAGUGGAAUUUUGAGGUCUAUCAAGGGACUCCAGGACUGGCUAUACUAUCUGACUUUUGCAACACAAGUCAGAUACGCCUCAGCAUUUCUGAACCGAAAAGUUUUCACCAACCCCCUUCUCAAUCAAGCCCUUCCAUUUGAUUUACGGCAAAACUGCACCAACAUGAACUUGGUAGAUGCAUCGUUGCUUAGUGGGGUGAGCAACCCUUACUGCCGAUAUGCGAACGGUCUAGCUUUUUUGACAGAGCGGUACAGUAGAGAUCCCACAGAUGUCAUCUUCAGCGGGAUUCUGGAGGAAGAUUUGAAUAUAGGAGUUACUUUUGCUUUUGCCCUAGGAAUGAUAGUUUUCAACAUGUUUAUGUACUUGGUACCCUUGCCUGCAUUUGUGAAGGCUAAAUUCAGGGAAUAGAGAAAAAUAUUUUUGUAUCCCAUCAUUUUGUCCUAAUCGUACUUAAUUAGCUAUUUCAUACAUACAGAGAUAUGCACAAAAACACAAAAGGGGCCAGUACUGUAUCUUGUGAAUCAUUCCUGCUCGAAUAUUGCUAAUUGGUGGGUAACAAUCAUUCAUUGACAAAUCAAUUCUUGUUCUAUGACUUACAGUUUCACCGGAAACGACGCCAACUUUUAAUUUUUUGAUGGUUCACCCUGCAGCAUCGGAUUUAUUAGUACGCUUAGUAUGCUCAAGCUUUGGACCCUUUCAUUGCGUCAAUAUUUUCCCAUGUAUACAACUGCAUUAUGUUGAUACUCGUCAAUAUUCUUUCCAUGGUAUUUCUGAUGAUCCCACUUCUUUUUUAUGAUACCUGUCAUAGCAAAAUUUCGAUUUCGUUCUCAAAUAUUGGGGAAGAAAAUAAUUGAAAUCAAAAAUAAAAAUGUUCAGUUUUUUCAAAAUAUUCCAGGAACGGCUCUUCUCUUUAUGUUUUCUGUUUUUUUAUGUCCAGUCGCAAUAUUGUUUUCAAAAAUCUGAAGUUGGGGUCGUUUCCGCUGAAACCGAAGGUGAUAGAUCAUAAAUUGUGUUGUCAAUAAAUAGAGCGAUUUGGUAUACUUGGUACCCACCAAUUUCCAAAAUCCGAUCUCUGAUAAUUCAGAAGGGACAGCAAUGGCCACUUUCUGUGCACUCCUCUGUAUAUAACAUUCAAUGUUGUUAAUAAUUUGGAUGUGUAUAAAUACGGAUUUCUUAGAUAUCUUGAAUUAUCAUAGUGAGCCCUCAGUAUAUGAACAUAGGUAUUUAUUAUUAGAGAACCAAUAUUGAAAAAUAUGGAUCGUAUUAUGUAUUAUUGUAAUGUAUGACAUUUAUGAAUGUGAAACCAAUGUGAGAUCUAUCGUACUACUUAUAUAUUUUUUAUUAUAUUCUGCUUUCUAGAAGUCAUAUCGGACAUUAUUCAAAAUUCAUAGAUUGUUUUUUGUGAAAAUAUUCGGAUCCAUCGAUUUUUAGGCCAUUUUAUACUUUUUAUUAGAUGAAUCGACCAUCAGGAAAAACAGCAAUCAGAAAUAAAACCAAAAGGUCAAAGCAAAAAGAAAAAAAAACUAGAUUUUGAAUUCUGACAUCACUUCUGGGAAUCAAGUUAUAAUGUUAUUUAUUAUAUUUAUAAGGUUCUGAUUAGUUUUUGAGUUUAUUGUACAGUGUAAUAAUCAGUUAAUGUGAGCCCAUCAGGUGCUUCCGUCCAUUUUUUAAAUUAAUAAUUGAGUAUAGGUUUAUUGAUCUACUUAUAAGUUUAUUAGUAUAAAUUGUUGAUAGUAAUUUGGUUCAUCCAAAUAUAAGUGACACGUCUGAAGAAUAUAUUAUUUCAGUGAAGAUGUUAUAGCAAAUUGAAAUAAAAAAACUAAAUCAAUCAU